GUAAUGCGUAAGUGUCGGCAUGGCGUCCUCUUUGGUUUGCAGUGACACUCAGAGCAGGUAAACACAAAUGCAUGAUUAUGAAGUUUAGUCGUUAAGACGCAGCACGUACACCUUAAUGAUAUUAUCAGUGUAUAUCACUAGUUUACCGCAGACUGCCUUGUUAAUGACACGUGCUGUAUGAUUUUGUGUAAACGUUUUUCUAUUCGCUUGUUCUCUCAUUUCAGGGUGAGCUCAGUACUGAACAGGGAUGUGAAACAAUUCGGAAAGAAGUUCUUGUUUGACAGCAACGAAGAGACGUGUUGGAGCUCUGACCAGGUAACACUACAGCAGCAGACAAACCGUAUGAUUCUUGUGUUCACAAACCGACCAGCCAUAAUGAACGUGACUACUUACAGGAAGCAUAGGGAAGACUGGGGUAAGUUGAGCAAAGGGUAUUUUGAGCCACCUCCUGUUUCUUGGAAAUGGUAAAAGAAAUUGAUCAUGUGACCAAAUAUUUAGGAGAUGGGCAUCAAUUCAUGGAGUCUGUGAAGGUUAGAAGCAAAUGGGUGAAGGGGUUAGACAUUCAUUUACAAAAAAACAUUUUUCACUCUUGAAAAUGAAUUUAGUUAGUUCCGAUCAAAAAUGAUCAUUUUAAAUUUGUUUUAGACACCAAUUGUGGUAUCUAUGAGCUACAUCAUGAGGUCAAAAACCGAGCAUAGAAGUCCACCAUUGUAGCUUAGAGGACUAAUAAAGUCAUCAUAGUAGUUCUGGGGUAAAUUGAGCCAGAACUGAGAAAGUAAAGGAGUCUGAUGAGAGGAUCAGAGUUUCAGUUUAGAUUGUUGAAAUGUUUUACUUUUUUCUUUUCAAAAAUACAGCCGUGAAUGUUCUGAAUCACUUAAAGACAUUCUCAUAUUAAAAUGGCUUUUUACAAAACAGCUUUUUAGCAGUUAUAUUCAAUAAUGAUUAAAAGAAUUGUUGUACCAGUUGAAUAGUGUACAAUAGAUAAAAAUAUACAUGAAUGUGAAGAAGUGACUAUUAUUUAGGGAGAGAGAAGGUGAGGGAGGGCUGGGAUACGGCUCAUCUUACCUCGCUCCUAUGGUCAACUUACCCCAUACACGGGGUAAGUUGACCAUAGGAGACCACUUUUUUUUUUUGCAUGCUAUAUUAUCAAGACAGUUAUGUCUACACUCAUUCUGUUGGUUUGCAGGGAUGAACAACAUCUUGAAAUAUAUGCAGAUACACUAGUUAGAGACAAAACUAUGAUUGCCUUGAUGUAGUGAUCCGAAAUAUGAAAAAUGGCUCAUCUUACCCUGCUCCCUCCUACAGUUUUACAGACAUGACCAGACGGGUAUAUAUUGAUAUCAUUAUUGAGCAUGUCGUGGGUGGUGGUGAUGUGCUUUGUUGUGUUUGAAGGUUUCCCUUACAUUUAGUCCUCUUUAAAAAAAACGCAAAAUAUUAGGAACACUUUUCAGUAUCACGCACUUCAGUACACCUGCACCGGCACCUAUUAUAACUUCAGCAGCAAUGAUAAAGAUCUGUUCGAUUAAAUCAAUUAAUAUUGAAUAUGCUGAAGCUUUGUAAAAGUCUAAUUUGUGAUAGAGUUGUAUUAUGUUUUGUUAGAUUUCUUAAGUGUUAAUGAUGUUAUGGCCGGUUACAUUUACAUUCACUGUGUGAGACUGCACCCACGUGUACUCUAUUUGUGUUUCUAUUCUAAAACAAAUAACAUUUAUAAUAUGUCAUCCUCAGAAUGUGAACAAAAACUCUCAUACUUCAACCAAAGUAAAUGCACUACAGGCAAACAACUAAGUGAAAUACUGAAUGUUUCCUCUAAUAAUUUGAAAGAAAGUUUCCAAAUCUGUCUACCCCUCAUCAAAAAUUUGUAUGAGAAAUUGUAAAAUUGUGAACAGCGAUUGCAUGAAAAGAAAAGUACACAAGCGCAGCAGGCUCAGUUCCCAGUAUACACACAAACUUGUCACUUACUUGGCACACAUUCUUGCUCUUAUGACUCCUCUUGUAAGUAUUAAAAGUGUGUAAAUAUACUCCUGAUACUUCAAGUCUUCCACUUGCGUCAUGUUAUUUAUUUGUAUUAAUAGCAUUUAGAUGUGUGUGCUCAAGAUUUUUUUAAAGAUGCUUUUAUAGACUAUUACUGUUUUAUUUUUAACAGGGUGAGUAUCAGUGGGUGUCUCUGGAGUUCCCCAAGUCUGUCAGAGUGUCAGAGCUGAAGAUCCAGUUCCAGGGUGGCUUCUCUGCAAAAACAUGCAGAUUGGAGGGUAAUCCCCAGACCUUACAUCUUUAACUGUAAACAUGACCUUAAAUGGGUUCCUGAUGCGAUUUUCUCCUGGUUUUGCAUGAAGUACAGUUUGAGAUAAAAUUUAGGUUGUGACAGUGUAAGGGCAAUGAUCAUUUGCUUGUGCUUUCUGCAGGUUGCCCAAAAGAUGGAGACUUUGGAGCAAUCAGCAAUUUUUAUCCAGAGGACAACAACUCUCUUCAGAUAUCCUUACUUAAAAAAGUUUUGACAAAGGGUUAGGGGUAAAUACUGCAACAGAAACCCAAUUACUUUUUUCUGAAUGCAAAGCAAAAUGGGAGGAUAUAUUUUUAUUGACUUUUGUUUCUAGAAAAGAAGUUGUUACUAUUAUUAUUGAAAAAGCUUCUAAUAUAAAUUAACUCAAAUUCUUUCACUCACGGUAAGCAGCAGCCAAUUAAAAUGUGUGCUUUCACGGAUUGUAAACAUGAUUCUUACAUUUUGCUUUAAUACAUUUAAAAUACUGCAUGUUAGUCUACUCAGGACAGAUUACAGAAGCUGGAGCUGUACCUGUCAUCCUGUCACAUUCUGUGUUUCCUUGUACUGUUCUAGUUGGUUCAUAAGUAUCCAAUAAUAUUUUCCUGGACCUGUUUUUCAUUAUUACCAUGCUUAUCUUGUUCUUAACUCCACACCCACAGCUUUCCCAUACAGGAGGCCCCUGCAGUUGACAAAGUUAAAAUAAUGUUUGAGAAUAGUGCUGACUUUUUUGGGAGAAUUAUUGUUUAUUCCUUGGAUGUCCUGGGGGAAAAAGCCUCAUGACCAUUUUUUUUUUACCCUCUCAUGAGAGAGGAAAUGAACCCUGGGUAAUGUACAGGAUGGUGUGGAGGCACAUCUGUACUGCCACCUCAUGAACUGAUGUGAAUGUGCCCUUUUUUGGUAUGGACUUUUAAAGGGAUCUGUCAAGUCAUCUCACUUCUGCUGACUUUAAGGGAGCACAGAAGGCAUCAUGAUGGAGCCUGGUGUCGGGUAUUAUUACAAAUUUAAUGGACUUCUUCACAUUCUCUCUAUUUAUCAUGUGCCUUUAAUUGAUGCACCUGUCCAGUGGAACACAUGGUAUAAAAAUAUAUCUUUAUUGAAAAGUAUCGUUCCUCAUUCGGACAGUAAAAUUCUGCCGCACAACUUUUGUAUUUUAGUGCUUGAUUUUACAUUGUAUACAAAUGGAAUAAACUAUUCAUACAAAAUUAAAAACACACUGUUUACUCAGUGUUAAUUUCUAUGCAUAUUGGAUGGUCUAUCAUAAUCAAAUUAAUUAAAUUUUUUGACAGAAGUCUUGGUCUUCUCACCACCACCAUCUGACAGCCUGAUGAAGAUCUGAGAACAACUGUGUCCAUUCUUAUUUAAGGUUGUGUCAUGUUGGUUGCUUGUAGAGUUUCAGAAUAUGGUCCUCCAACACUUUCUGAACUAGAACACAAAAGAAAUGAAAAAGUUGAUUCAGUACAGCUCACAUCUGUUACAUUCACUUAAAAUGAAAAGGAAACUUAUGUUAUAUAACUGCUGAAAGAAAACAAUGCAUACGCUUCUUGUGUCCGAGGGCAACAGCUAAGGCCAUGGGACUGUACCCAGAGUCUGACUCAACGGUCAUGUCUGCCCCUUUGGCUGCAAACAGUGCAGUUUAGGGGAUUAUUUAAGUAUUCUCUAGACUUUAUGACAAUGCUAUGUAAAUAAGGAUUUAAUUGGUAUUUACCCAAGAGUGCUUCUACACAUUUAAUGUGGUUCCCACGCACUGCAUAAAGGAGAGGAGUGCCACCAUUCUGUUUUAAAUACAAGAAUAAUCAUUAAAAAGUAUCAUGUA